AUGAUGUGCAUACACAGCAAAGUUCCUGUGCUGCUGUUCCCUGUGUACAGCUGGCUGACUGCUGCAUGUGUGCAGGUGCUGCUAUUCCCUGUGUACAGCUGGCUGAUUGAUGUGCUGCUGUUCCCAGAAGAGGGUUGGGCACGCAGCGCCUCCUCUUCCUACUGGACGCUGACACCCGCCUGGUGGAGUCGCAGCCGCUGCAAGGUCGUGGAGGUAGCAGGCACCAGGAGGUACAGCGCCCAGGCUAAGAUGGUGGACACUGGAUCAGGCAGCCUCUACAUCAUAGGCACUUUCAAGAGGGUCUCUCCCGAUCCAGAUUUUAAGCUGUACCUGACGUCGAGCGUGAGCCCGUCCGACUUCAACAUGGGCUACAGCAUGACAGGCACGCUGGAGCGCGGCUGCCGCUCCAGCAACACGUUCCAGACGACGCACUUCGCCGUCAUCCGGCGGCACGACUACGACAUGCCGUAG